CUGGGGUUAGGGUUUAUGUCGUUAAACCCCACUUCUUCGCCUGGCUGGCUGUGAGCUCUUCCUCACUUGGUCGAGGCUGGUUUCGCCGGAGUUGGCUCUUCCGUCCUCGGAAAGCGUUUGAUCCGAAGCAAAGCAUUUCAAAGGUUCAAAGUAUCAAUGGCAUCUUCUCUCUCGAGGAAACUGGCUGGUGUGGUGUUUUCAAGGUAUAGAGGAAAUUCCUUAGUGCCAAAUCCGUGUUCUGUUGCUGCCUUCUGCACCAAAAGCCUGUCCUCUACUGAAACUGAGUCAGAUUCUGACUCUGUGUCAGAAUCACCAAAUAUCCCAGAAGAAUCUUCUCCGUUGCUGCAGCAGCAGCCUAAGUCAGAGAGGCUCCUUGAAAAUGGCUUGGACCCUGGCAUUUACAAGGCAAUACUGAUUGGUCAGGUGGGGCAAGCUCCUAUGCAGAAGAAACUGAGGAAUGGAAAUGUUGUAACUCUGGUUUCCCUGGGAACUGGGGGUAUUCGAAACAAUAGGAGGCCUUUGGAUAAUGAAGAGCCUAAGGACUAUGCAAAUCGCUGUGCAGUGCAGUGGCAUAGGGUCUCAAUUUAUCCGGAAAAGUUGGGGGAGCUUGCAAUGAAGACUCUAAUACCUGGUUCUAUCUUGUAUGUGGAAGGAAAUCUAGAGACAAAACUCUUCAAUGAUCCCUUAACUGGUCUUGCUCGACGGAUUCGAGAGGUUACCGUGCGCCGUAAUGGCAGGAUUUUGUUUCUUGGAAAUGGAGCUGAAACUGAGCCGCUGGCUAGAGCUGAUGCCAGUCGCGUUGGCUAUUACUGAGACAGAUAAUCAUGUGGCUCUCAACAUGCAAGGGGACUGGUCUGCUGAUAUAACUUAUGGCCAUGCAGCCAUAAAUGAUUUAGUGCAAGGUAAGACUUGAUUACAACCAAUUUCCAAGAGGUGGCAAUAUAACUGGAUCCUCGGUCUCAACGCAUAAAUCCCCGACUUGGGCUGAACAUCAAGUUGUAACCUGUUAAUUAUUAGUGCCUCUCUAACUUUUGUACCCUGGUUGUGCUAUGUUACUCACUUUGAGAAUUAUAAA